UGGCUUCGGGCGAAAUACAGUUUAACCUUCCGCUGCUAUAUGACUUAUCAAGGCUUUUAUUGCGGCUUUGGACCCGCACUUAUCUCUGUUUGGAAGUAAAGUGUGUAUAGGUCUGUUUGCUGCGGAAGAUGUGAAGGCGCAGGUGUCUGUUGGGCAACGCCUCGCAUAACCCGACAACGCGCGUACAUCAUAGCAUCAGUCUUCUCCUUGGCGCACGAACGACUUGGACUGGCUUUGACUACUGGGCUUCCUCAGGGUGUCAGGGUGAUUCGUCUCGUGUAUUCGCCUUGGAAGAUCCUCCUUAUUGAAAGAUUUAUUGCCAGAAAAUGCUGUCCAGUCUGGUCAUCCUCAGUCUGCUAGGGGUCACGUGCCAUGGAUUCCCUCCCAGUCCCCCAAAGGCGCCGGAUACAGUCGAGGCUGUGGCUAAACGCGCAUUUUGUCCCGAGGGGGGAGGGGACAAGAAAGCGGGUUGUACCUACUGGAGGAAACUCGGGUACUGCGAACCUGGCAAGGGCUACUUCGACUUCAUGGAAAAAACUUGCCCUGCUUCAUGCGGCCUCUGCCAGCCACGCCCAACUCCACCACCACAAGCCGCCCUCGCGACAGUGAAUAAACAGGAGUGCUUAAAAGCACAUAACACAAAGCGUGCCCUACACGGAGCUAGACCGCUGACCUGGGAUAAUUCUCUGGCUCGUGAUGCCGGAAAGUGGUCGCUGUUGUUGGCCAACAGCAACACGUUCAAGCAUGCGCCUAAUAGCGACGAGGGCGAGAACCUUUACUACAUAUCUAAAGUAUCUGCAAGCCCGGUCACAUGUGUUGAAGCGGUCAAGGCCUGGUAUGACGAGGUCGUAGAUUAUCCAUUCAACAACCCACCAGAGAGUGUCUUUCAAGUUUCAGGCGCGCCCAUUGGACACUUUACACAGAUCGUGUGGAAGGACACUCGGCGUUUGGGCGUGGCUAUCGCGCGGAUCAAGCGCGGGUUGUGGUACAGCACUUACAUUGUCGCGCGGUACUCCCCACCAGGUAACUACAACGGCGAGUUCACGCAACAAGUCGGCAGCAUUCGCGCAUAAGGGCACCACUUCAGCGCAUGCGCAAGGAGGAGAUGGAACCUGGUGACGUCACGCGAUGUCGUGUCUUAUCACAGAUGGAUAAAGACAGUGCUGCAAAGCUAUAGCAUGAUUUCUCUAUGAUUUUUGGGGCCCCCGCCCCUCAGCCAGUAGCCAGCCCGUAUAUGUAUUGGGUAUGUAAAACAACAUUAACAAGGACAAACAUUAAUAAAGAGAAAUACAUUACAUAUCAA